AUGAGCGUGUGGAGCCUGGGGCCUGGGGUUGCUAAGUCUGAGGAUGUUGAGCCUAGGGGUGCUGAGUCUGAGGGUGCUGAGCCUGCGGUCGCUGAGACUGGGGGUGCUGAGUCUACUGGAGUUCUUGCGGGGGCCUCGUCUCGGCGGGAGCCUCUCUCCCUACAGCAGCUGCGCGAGUGGUUUGCUCGUCGCUGGAGACGUCAGCGAGGUGCUGCUAGAGCUGCUGGAGGUACUGCUGGAGGAGCUGCAGCUGCUGGCGGAGCUAGAGCUGCUGGAGCUGGGGGUGCUGCCGGAGCUGGAGCUGCUGGAGGUACUGCUGGCGCUGGAGCUGCUGGAGGAGCUGGAGACGCUGGUCCCGGAGGUGCUCGUACUGGAGGUACUGGAGCUGCUGGGGCUGGUGGUGCUGCCGGGGUUGCUGCUGGAGGUGCUCCUGGAGCUGGAGCUGCUGGAGGUGCUGGAGCUGGUGGUGCUGCGGGAGUAGGAGCUGGAGACCCUGGCGCUGGGGGUGCUGGAGCUGUCUCUGCUGGUUCUGGAGGCUGUGCGGCCGCGGCCGUACUUCGUUCCGCUUCUUCAGCAGGUUCUUGA